AUGGUGUUCCGCGUGUUGGCUUUUGUCGAGAAGCACCGCCGGAUGCCGCUUCGCAAAACUUUGGGGGAAGAUCAGCUGGCGCAAAGGUGGGCCAGGGCAAAGGGAUCCACGAAGCUGACGCCGGCUGCGCGGGGCCUGAAGAUGCGCAUCGAGGCGCUGGCGGCGGAGUCGGAGGCAACCAAGCAGUGUGACAAUCGAGCUGCGUGUGCAGAGCAAAUGUUGCUGACGCAGCAUGAGGAGUGGUGCGGGGAAAACGACGUCGUCGACGAGGCCCAGUGGAGGCGGCCGGCCUUGCAGCGGUCUCGUGGCGGGCGGCACCCGUACCCGAGCCUCUCCAACCUGUGCAACAAUUGCUACAUCAACGCGCCACUGCAGUGCCUGCUCCACUGCCCCGCCGCGCGCGCCGAGCUCCUGGGUGCCGAGGGCGAGAGCGAGCCGCUCGUCGUGCAGGAGCUGCUCUCCCUGGCGGCCGCCUGCAGACGCGGGGUGCCGGCGAUCUCGGAUGGCGGUGGCGGCGAGGCUCGCGAGUUCCUGCCCGUGGACCGCUGGUCCCCGCACGCCUUCGCGGGCGCGUUCCUGGCGAAGCACCGCGUUAUCUUCGGGGUGGCGAGCGAGAAGAGGCACGGGGGCGCUGGCGAGGCGCUCUCGGUCAUAGUGGAAGGCGCGCCGCGUCUCCAACGCCACUUCAGUUUCAUCCAGUCCGACGGUGAGCAGGGGGCCCUGAUGCGGCUCCCGCCUUUCGUGGACGGGGCAGACGAGGGCGACGAUGCCGUGUCGCCGCAGGAGUUCUGCCGGGACGACGGCGCGCAGAGACUCAACAUGCGACAGAUGCUCCGCCGCUGCGCCUCCUCGGGCGGGCGACGGCUACUGUCGACGCCGGAGCUGCUGGCCAUCCAACUGCCCGACAGGUGGGUGCGAGACGACGACGAGGCGUUUCUCCUCAGCGCCCUCGACAUCGUGCCCGAUUGGGGCGAGUGCCCGGAGGUGGCGUUGGAAACGGCGGGAGGAGACGUAGCACACCGCAUGCGCGCCGCGGGCGCUGCCGUGGUGCAGCCCGCCGCGACUGGCAUCCAAGGCCAUUAUGUGGCCCAUUUCGAAGAGAGCGGGAGCUGGUGCACUGCGGGCGAUCUGGGCGACCGGCCGCACGUGGUCCAGUGGGCGCCCGGUACCGAGCACAAGAUGCCCCGCUUGAUCCUCCUCGAGAGGGUGGACACCCAGGCGGCCCGGGCCGCGGCGCGCCCCUGGCCGCCAGCGGCGGUCGUCGACGGCGCGGAGGGCGCGGGCGACGACGGCGACGUCGACGCGGGCAGCGAGGAGAGCCGCGGCCUCGAUGGAGAGAACGAGGAGGAGGAGGAGGACGGGGCCGGCGACGCCAGCUUGUCGGGCGCGCGGAAGCGGCCCGCGGCGUCUUCGAGGUGCGGCGCCCCCGCCAAGAAGCGGCUCCGCCUCCGAGGGAAGCAGAGCGCGGCUGGGAGGCAGCAGAGCCGCGCUGGGAGGCAGCAGAGCCGCGCUGGGAGGCACCAGGAGAGGCAGCAGAGCCGCGCUGGGAGGCACCAGGAGAGGCAGCAGAGCCGCGCUGGGAGGCACCAGGAGAGGCAGCAGAGCCGCGCUGGGAGGCACAAGGGGUGUGGGUGUAGACGCAGGGAAAGCGAGAGGCAGCAGAGCCGCGCUGGGAGGCAGCAGAAGAGGCAGCCAGAGCCCGCCCUGGAGGCAAGCAGGCAGGACGCCCAGAACAACGCCGCCGCCCCGGUCCUGCGCAGCAGCAGGGAGGCGAAGAGCUUGCAGGCGGCCUGCGACGCGCGCCGGGAGUGCGGCGACCUCUUCUUGCUCUUGCACUUGCUGGAGCCGCUGGCCGCUGCCGAUGACCUGCUGAAGUAUUACCCUGACUUCUUCGUCUACGCCGGCGACGAUUGCGCCAACCGAUGGGCGACGUUCCUGCGCGCCCCCGACCGGCCAAACAAGUUGGCGGGCAGGCUGCGGGAGGCGCUCGGGGUCACGGAGGAGGAGAUUUCCGACGCCAAACGCCGACUGGAGUGCGGGGAGUGGCACAUGCACCACGUCGCGGAGCUCCUGGACGAGCGCCUGAACUCCGCCCGCGGCGUACGCUCCGUGGCGGCCGCGGUCCGCAUGGCGGCGGGUGGCGGGCCGGGCGCGCAGGGCGACGGCAAUCCUCUGAGGGCGCGCCUGGCGGAGGCGUGGCAGCGCAGCCGAGUUAACUCCAGGGAGGCGUUCAUGGCGCACCAGGGCAGAGUCCACGGGGGGCAGCGGUGGUACCAGUCGCAGUACGUGGCGCGGUGCGAGCUGGAGCCCUACCAGCCGUCGCCGACCGAGGAGCGCCAGGUGGUUCGCAGGUUCCACAUCUCCCAGUGCUGCGCCACCGUCGACCCCGUGGACGAGCCGUUCGUCCCGAAGCUUGAAUCGGAAGUGCAGAAGCAGCUGCUCCACGCGGCGAUCAUCGAAAGGAUCGUCCGCGAGAUCGGGCAGGGGGCCACCGCGGAGGAUGCGUCCCUGCAGGCGGCCAGAGCGGCGGAGUCGGCAGCCCGCGCUCAGGCGGCGUGUCAGGCGAGGGAGCCCCGCGCUUUCCAGGCCUGCGUCUGCUGCGCCAUGCAGCUGCGGUCCGAGAACCUCCACUCGGAGUUCCUCGUCGGCGACAAGUGCACCAUAAAGAACCGGGCCAAGUUCGCGGAAUGCCUGUCGGCCGACAUACCGCGCGAGGAGCUGAUGUCGUCGGCCGUGGACUUCCCGCACGAAGACAGCGAGGGCUCGCCGACGUCCACGAAGAUACUCUUGCACAAGAGGCGCGUGCCGCCAGAGGCGCUCGAAGGGAAGGGGCCAGUGAAAGUGUGCGACGACUGCCGGAAGAUGCUGCUCGCGCUGGGCCGCGUCGUGUCCGCGAAGAUCUACCUGUCCAGCAAGGGCGCCGACAAGGCCGUCCGGCAGGAGCAGCAGUCAUGGAGGCAGAAGUUCUUGCAGUACGCCAUGCAGGGCACCGCCAUCGUGUUCGGGAACGGGAACGUGGACCACGCGAUGCGGAGCUUCCCACCGGAGCCCGACAUGCUCAGGGACACGUUCGUGGCCGUCUUCGCGGGCGCGGACGACGACGACGAGGGCAUCCCCCUGACUGAGGAGCAGAAGCAAGAGAGGGCCCCGAGAGCCAUGAGGGAGGAGGUGGCGUUGCACGUCGACAAAGCGGAGUACGACGCCCAGGCGCGGUUGUUGAAGCAGCACAACUACGUGUACAAUGACCCGGGCGUGCAGUACCGAUCGGACCUCGUGGACCAGUUUCCCCCGCAGCCGGGCGUGCCCGACUGCAUGCUGGCCUGCGCCAAGUACGUCCCCACGGACCCGGCGCUGGACGACGUCGCGCAGGCACAGGGGCCCGCCUCGGCCACCACUGGCGCGCAGGCCGAGAUGGGCGCGGCCGCCGAGGACGCGCAGGAGCUGACCAAGUGGCUGUCUGUCCUUGAGGACCACAUGGACGACGUCAGCGAGCUCACGUCCCUGCCGGCGCUCCAGGGCAUGCUCGAGAGGAUGGAGAGCCAGGCGGGGCGCGUGGUUGCCAACGAGCUGAUGUCCAGGCUCGAGGACCAGAGAGGCGAGGACAGGGCGAUGCAGCUGGACGAGAUCGGACGUCACCGCCUGCAGGAUCUCUUCAAGGAGUUCCACGCGCGCUGUCGGAAGAUGUCCCUGGGGGAGGACAUGGCGAAGCUGCACUGGCGUGUCCAGGCGCUGGCGACGAACACCUGCCAGGCGGGGGAGGAAGCGGGCGACCUGACGCGACCUCCGGGAGUCGCGGGGACUCCCGCCGAGGACGACCCGCGCUCCUUGCAGGAACCGCCCGGCCCAGACGGCCAGCGAAAGGCGAGGCUUGUGGUGCCCACUUCGAAGAAGGCGGAGACCUGGUGGGACCCGAAGUACUGGUCUAUUGCCAGGCCCACGGACUUCUGCUACGGGGACUGCGCUUGGGGCCUCGGCGAUAAGGAAAGCCGGCUCUGUUUCAGCGUGACGCACUUCAUCAAAAAUCUUCUCACGCGGGAGGAGAUGGAGUACGACGUGCCCGGCGACGAGGAGAGGUACAAGGCCGAACCCAUCAAUGGUUUCCGGAGCUCCUGGUACGACGUGCACCUGCUUCACUCCUUCUACAGAGUCACGGAGACGACCAACAGCACCUACACCUUCAUGAAGCAGCCCGGGGCGUUCGGGGCCGCUCGCGCAUGCGCGGACAUCGCGCCAGAGAUGAUCGGGGAGGUGCAGCUCAGGGCGCAGCAGACGACCGGGAAAGCCACGCUGAACGGCAUCCUCAAGGACAAGGACACCCCCAACGAGGUGCGCAAGGCCUUCGCCACCCUGGGCCAGGCCACUGCAAGUCUCGUCGGGUCCGACGGACACAGGCGGGAGCUGCGCGGAGAGGGCGAGGCGUAUACCCUGCGCCUCGGCCCGCCCGUCCAGUUCGUCACCCCGAACCUGGCCGACACCAAGCAGCCCCUGAUCCUCGUCGUGCAGGGGGAGGAGUACACCUUCGACAACGACCUGAACGAGGCGGAGAGAUUCACGUUCAGCGAGAUGUCGCAGCGUAUCGCGAAGGACCCCGCGGGCCAGGCCGUGGUAUUCGAGCUGAUGAUGAGGCUGUUCUUCGUCCACGUCCUUGGCCUGCGCCCAGAGGCCAUCGGGUGGCGGCGAGGAGAAGUUCAGAAGGCUUCGAAGCAUUGGGUUUCCGACGGCGUCGCUGCCGAUCUCAUGGGCGUGCCCGCAGUGUUCGGCCCCCUCGCGGCGGCCUUCGGGCCAGUCGAGGCCCAGGGGCGCGGCUCGCUGCACCCGCACAUUCUCAUCUGGCUGCUGCAGGGCCAGCUGCAUGUGCUCCUGGACAUGCUGCAGGGCGACCAGGCGCGCUUCCGGGGGCGCCUGAACAUGUGGAUGCGGCAGGUGGUGCGGGCCGUCGUCGCCACUGGGCAGAGCGCCGCGGAGCUGCAGCCCCGGCAGCUCCAGGGGGGCGAGGACAAGUGCGGGGUCCAGGUGCCGCCACUUCCGUUCGAAGUCAACGAGAAGCGGUACUUCAGAGCCAACGGGGGCACGGAAGUGGCGACGGCUGAGCAGCUCGGUGCCGCAGGCGACAAGGAGCCGCAGCCAUUGUAUAUCUUCGACCCCAAAGCGACCGAAGAGCAAGGCGAGGACGUCUACCACGAGGCGCUUCGCCCCAAUCUGCCGCUGCGCAACAAGGCCGGCGAGACCGUGGACGACGAAGCGACGUGGACAGAGCAGCAGGCCGCGGAGAGCAAGAGGCACUGGCAGCGGCCGCUCUCCAGCAGCGCCUCCGGCAUCUUCCCGAAGUACCGCAGCGGGUGCACCCUGGAGCAGUCUCUCCCGAGCGACGAGUGGAUUCGCGAGAUGUGCCGCGACGCGCGCGAGCUCGUCAUCGGUUGCGGCAUCCACGUCUGCAGCCCCUCCUGCUAUAAGUACCAUUCCGACAAGGCGCGCGGCUCGCAGAUCUGCCGCCACAACUACUACAACCUGGUGACAUUGUGCACGUGGCCCGAGGAUGGGGAUUCCCAGGAGUGCCGGCUCCGCACGCGCGGGAAGGCGCUGCGUGGCUGCAUCGUCAUAUUCCGGGAGACGGACUACGGCAUGGCUGGGCGCAUCGUCACCUUUCAGCUCCGCCCUGGGGAGACCACCACAAAGUAUGCGGCGCUCGUCUCGGCGCGGUGCAACGUGGACGUGCAGGACAUGAGACGGGCGCUGCCCCCGCGGCUGUGGAUGGAGGCGUCGGAGCUGGAACCGCGAGCGGAAGAAAAGGACCGCCAGAGUUACAACCAUGGCCUCUACCCUCAGCGCUACCCCGACUUCUCGGUGGGCGCCCGGGAGGCGAAGUGGGACCUCGUCGUAAUCACCGACUGGCACGGGAUCUUCAGGGAGCUCGCGAACUGCGGCAGUCCGAGCGUGGACGGUGACGACGCUGCGCGCGCCGACCUCCAACGCGAGCUUCAACGGCACGCGCUCGCCACUUUCGUGGAUGCUCACAACACGAGCUACUACGUGAAUUCUUACACCACGAAGGUGAACCCCAACAUGGACAACGUGCUCUGCAAGCUCCUUGACGGCGUGCGCCGCCUCAAAAGCCAGUGCGACGACCGGCAGGCGCAGGCCGCGGGCGACGUCGGCGACGACCCCCAGUCGACCGCUGCAGGGAAGCGCAAGGAGGAUUUCAAGCGCACGCUGCAGGUGCUGUCCCGCUUCGAGACCUGCUUCCGCAGGGCUUCCUGGAAAGGCGGCAGCGAGAUGGUAUUCCCAAUGCUCUUUGGGCACCUUUCCUUCAUGACGCACUGUUGCUGGAAGGCGUUCAUGCGGAAAUCCAUCUACCUCGCCGCGGAGUCCUGGCGCAGGCGAUACGGUCAGGCCGACGCCGCGGAAAGCCCGCCCGCCGCCUCGAUCACGUACGCGGUUCCCGGCACUGGCGAGCAGGUCGCGAUGCCGGGGUGGAGCGAGGUGCAGCGCGAGGGGGAGACGUUGUACGUCAGCCCCGACGGCGAGGAGUUCGACACGAUCGAGUACGCGCACCAGGCGUUCCAGAUCACGAACGCCAGCGGCGGCUCGCUGCGCAACGUGACGAAGGCGUUGCAAAAGAUGCGGGAAGGCGAGGCCGAAGAAGAGGUGACCGAGGCACCGGGGCCGACUGUCCAGGGCCUCGCGCAGGGCAAGCUCAUGGGGGCCGUGCUGAGCCAGCACGACGACUGGAUGCACCGCGGUGACCACCCUAUUGUCCGAGACAUGAGCUUGUACGUCUACAGCAUCUGGGUGUACCGCGUGGAACUGCCGCUGCAUGCCCUCCCGGCCGGGGAGCUGGAGCCCGAGGGCAGCGGGGGUCGCACCCUGCACGUCGACAUCCCCUUCGACUCGGCCUACUCGGCGGCGCGGAACUGGACUCAGAGGCUGGCCGUCGAGCCGCGCAUUCCGAAGCCAGACGGCUUCCAGUUCGUGAGCGCGGAGUCGAACGUGGAGACGCACUACCUCAUGAAGUCGGUGCUGCUCCGACCAGUGCACCUGCCGGACGCCGACGGGCCCAACGACACGAAGGAGCUGCGCUACCUCCGCGCGUACGAGCACCUGUGCGCGGCGCCGGUGGGCGAGCCGGAGUG